AUGUCAAGCCGACAUCGAAGCAGGUCCAUGCACCGGCCAACGAGGCGGCCUGCCUCUUCCAAAGGAGAGCUUCACCAGGAAGCGCGUCGGCCUCCAAGUGCACGCAACGCCGCCGCCUCCCACGCCGCCCCGCCGUCCCGUGAUCGAAGCAGAAGCUUUCGGAGCCACAAGUGGCCGGCAUCAGGUGGAGAGAUGAAGGUACUUCUGCCGAAUCAGGUUGCAGAAGACCUUCAUCAAGACGGGGUCCUGAAAGACAUUGCCAGCAAAUCGAAGGCGUCCGUGGACCUGAUGGAAGCUGUGGGCGAGCUGCACCAGUUCGUUGAAGGGCACCGGCUGCUCAUCAUCCGUGGGCAAACAGGAAGCGAGCUUCAGGCAGCAGUGGAAGACUUGCUCGGCAAGGCAAGAUUGAACGGUCGAGCUCACGGUCCAGGCGGCUCGAAGCUGAAAAUCCUCCUUCCUAGGCACCUCGCUGCCGUGGUCAUUGGCAGAAGAGGGGCGAACAUCAAGGACCUUCAAAGAACAACCGGCACCAGCGUCCAGGUGGAGAAUGGCUCAACGGGAAUGGAUCGGGUGGCCACGGUGUGUGGAUCUCCCGCAGCCAUUUUGAAUGCAUUGGGGAGGAUCCACAGCUUUGGGACGGAGGACGAGGAAGGAGCUGGCUCCGACGGGCCCGACAGCCACGACCGCCCUUACGGCGGCGACAAUCCUUUCCAUCGUCCCGGUGAGCAUUCCGGUCUUUAUCGCCACGAUGGGCCCGACGGCCAUAGCCGUCAUGGUGUCGAUGACCCUGACGGCAACCAAGCUGAGAGGGAUGGGCGCCCUCGCUCGGACGAGGAGGAAGAAUCGUUGGAGGAUGGCAGGCGGAAGAAGAGAAAGCCACCUCCAAAGCCGGCAGCUCCAUGGGAAGUCCGAGAGCACCCAGAGGCUCCAGGAGAGUUCUACUACCUGAACAUGGAAACGGGCGACACGACCUGGGAAAGGCCGGCCGGGAACGAUGCCAAGCCGUCCGCGCCUCCUCCAUGGCGAGUUCUUGAGCAUCCGGAGGCACCAGGAGAGUUCUACUAUCUGAACGAGGACACCGGUGAGACCUGCUGGGAUUUGCCAGAAGGUGUAGCGACCUAA